UGUUCGGUCGCAACGUGGAGUUGUUUACUGUUACCCCAGAGUGCUGUCGGGCUUUAAAGACAGAUGAAGAACUUUUAACAGACCUCCUUUCGUAAAUAAUUGGACUAGGUGACUAACGAAGGAAAUGGGGAAGCCAAAGAAAAAGAGUGACCUGAGCCGAGCCGAGCUGAUGAUGAUGACCAUUGCCGAUGUCAUCAAGCAGCUGGUUGAAGCCCACGAGAAGGGAAAAGACAUCAAUCUUAACAAAGUUAAGACUCAGGCCUCAGCUAAAUAUGGACUUGAAGCUCAGCCCCGAUUGGUGGAUAUCAUCGCAGCUGUUCCACCGCAAUACCGUCGAGCGCUGGUGCCCAAACUAAAGGCCAAACCUAUCCGCACUGCCAGCGGGAUUGCAGUCGUAGCUGUGAUGUGUAAACCUCAUCGAUGUCCUCACAUCAGCUUUACAGGCAACAUCUGUGUCUACUGUCCUGGUGGACCGGACUCUGACUUUGAGUACUCCACACAGUCUUACACUGGCUACGAGCCGACUUCCAUGAGAGCCAUCCGAGCUCGUUACGACCCCUACCUACAGACCAGACAUCGAGUGGAGCAGCUGAAGCAGCUGGGCCACAGCGUCGACAAAGUGGAGUUCAUCGUGAUGGGCGGGACCUUCAUGGCUCUGCCUGAGGACUACAGAGACUACUUCAUCAGAAACCUUCACGACGCCCUGUCAGGACACACCUCUAACAACGUGGCUGAGGCUGUCAGGUACUCGGAGCGCAGUAAUACCAAAUGCGUGGGGAUCACUAUCGAGACGCGGCCCGACUACUGCCUGAAGCGGCACCUCAGCGACAUGCUGGGCUACGGAUGCACCCGGCUGGAGAUAGGAGUCCAGAGCGUCUAUGAAGACGUGGCCUGCGACACCAACAGAGGCCACACGGUGCGAGCUGUGUGCGAGUCUUUCCACCUGGCAAAGGAUGCCGGCUUCAAAGUGGUCGCCCACAUGAUGCCAGACCUGCCGAACGUGGGCAUGGAGAGGGAUGUGGAGCAGUUCAUUGAGUUUUUUGAAAAUCCAGCUUUCAGGCCAGAUGGACUGAAACUGUACCCCACCCUGGUCAUCCGAGGCACGGGUCUGUACGAGCUGUGGAAGACCGGCCGGUACAAGAGCUACACGCCCAGCGCUCUGGUGGACCUCGUGGCUCGGAUUCUGGCGCUGGUGCCGCCCUGGACACGAGUGUACCGAGUGCAGAGGGACAUCCCCAUGCCGCUGGUGAGCUCUGGCGUGGAGCACGGCAACCUGAGAGAGCUGGCACUGGCCAGGAUGAAGGACAUGGGCACUGAGUGUCGUGACGUCAGAACCCGGGAAGUGGGCAUCCAGGAGAUCCACCACAAAGUCCGACCUCACCAGGUGGAGCUGAUACGGAGAGACUAUGUGGCCAACAGUGGCUGGGAGACCUUUCUCUCCUAUGAAGACCCUGAGCAGGACAUCCUGAUUGGUCUGUUGCGGCUGCGCCGCUGCUCUCCACAGUCCUUCCGCCCGGAGCUCAAAGGAGGCGUGUCCAUUGUCCGUGAGCUGCACGUGUACGGCAGCGUGGUCCCUGUGAGCAGCCGAGACCCGAGCAAGUUCCAGCAUCAGGGGUUUGGCAUGAUGCUGAUGGAGGAGGCUGAAAGAAUCGCCAGGGAUGAGCACGGCUCCUGCAAACUGGCUGUUAUAUCAGGUGUAGGAACAAGGAACUACUACAGGAAGAUGGGCUACGAGCUGGAGGGACCGUAUAUGGUGAAGGACCUGUAUGGGCCGGGAGCGGACUGAUACGGAUUUUAUUUAUCAAAACAGCACUCUGGGACACGAAUAUUAAUGUGAUGGUGUUCUGCAGUAUCGGAGGCGGUACUGGUCGGCUUGUUUUAUCUGGAGCACACAGAGGCCGCCGCUGCUCCAUUUCUUCUGUUUUUUAAAGAUAAGUAGACGUACGAGAGGAUGUAAGGAAUUAGGGAACGUUAUCUAGGGUGAAGCCAGCCUUGUGUUUUGAGUUCAAAUUAAGAUCCUUUAAACGUACAGUGUCAUCAUAUGGGCGCCUUUUAUUUAAAGUUGCGCAUUUCCGAGUCUCCCCCUUUUUCUGUAAACACGGUCCCGGUCGCACCGCUCAGACUCUUUCACAGCAAGCAGCACUGAUUCACUUUGACGUGGAACAAGAGCGAACCUGCCGAGGCAUUUUUAAUUCCACUCCAAUGAUCCGUGCGCGCAGCGGAGAAAAAUCGGGAUAUCUGGGUGUCCAUGAAAUAACCGUUUGCCUGGGAUGGAAUGAGACGCCUGCAUCACGGUUCCAGUUAAUCAUGUUUAUGUUGCAAUCACAUAGAAACCCAUUACGAGGGGAGCGUUCAUUAACGGUUGGCAGCGGAUGAACAAACAGUGGAAAGUGUCCUCGCCGGGCAGCUGUUGUUUUGAUUUGUAGGGCAGGAAAUUGAAUAUUAGCGUUCCAUAAAAGCGUCUCAGUUAAUCCUGUUUCUUGUGUUUUCUGUCAUGCCUUCUUGUCUUUUUCUGGAACAAUAAAGUAUAUUUCAGUAA